CCCUGCAGCCAGUGCGUCCGGAGCGCGACGGCGACAACAUGUUGGGCAUGAUCGGGAACUCGCUGUUCGGGGCCGUAGAGACAUGGCCUUGGCAGGUCCUGAGCAAAGGGGACAAGGAAGAAGUCACCUAUGAGGAAAGGACCUGUGAGGGAGGGAAGUUUGCCACAGUGGAAGUGACCGACAAGCCUGUGGAUGAGGCUCUGCGGGUGGCAAUGCCCAAAGUCGUGAAGUAUGUGGGAGGCACCAAUGACAAGGGAGCUUGGAUGGGGAUGACAGUCCCUGUUUCCUUUGCCGUGUUCCCCAGUGAAGAUGGCUCCCUGCAGAAGAAAUUAAAAGUCUGGUUCCGGAUUCCAAACCAAUUUCAGAGCAACCCGCCAAUUCCCAGUGACGAGAGCGUCAAGAUCGAGGAGCGGGACAGCAUCACGGUCUAUUCCACGCAGUUCGGUGGCUAUGCCAAGGAGGCAGACUACGUAGCUCACGCCGCCCGGCUGCGUGCCGCCCUGGAGGGCACAGCCACCUACCAGAAGGACGUCUACUUCUGCACCGGGUAUGACCCUCCCAUGAAGCCCUACGGGCGGCGCAACGAGAUCUGGCUGUUGAAGACAUGAGGGACGUGCUGGGCCAGGAGCUCCCCGGAAGUGUGUCUCUGUGUCCCCCACUCCGGGGGCUGGUGGGGACAGUGCUUCCUGAGUUCCAGCAGCAAUUCCAACUUAACCGACUUCCCCUCAAAGCCAUCUACUGCUAAUUUUUGAAAUAAGCAUGUUCUGUAUACUGAGGCUCUUCUCAUGGUGGGAAAUAACACAGCUGGGACAGGCAGCAUCCUUCUCAUUGAUUUAGAGAGUUCUGUGGUAGACCAGAAA